UUAUCGGGCAUUACUAGUGACACAGUAUGGAGUAACUUUGUGGCAUUGUCUGAUUCCAGGUAAAUAUUCCAUUGCAAAAUAACAACAAAAAAACUCAUAAUUUCAAAAAGUCUAAGAGGAAUAGAUUAUAAUCAUUCUGCAAAAGAUGUGCUUGAUCUAAUGAAUUUGAAUUUCCUACUUGGUAGUGGAAAGAUGCUAACAGAGCUUGAUCUGAGUGGUUGUGGAUUAACACAUCAAGAUAUAACCAAACUAUGUCAAGGCAUUCAAUAUCGAUCCAAUAUGAAGAUUCUUUCCUUUCGCUCAAAUCCAACUAUAGGUGACGAAAGUAUCAAUAGUCUAUAUCAGUUAUUUAAACAAUGCAAGAUUGGGUUACUGGAUUUUUCUUAUUGUGGAUUAACGUUCGCGGGUGCAUCGACUAUUGCAUUAUGGGCAGCAAAUGGAUUAGUCAAGGAGAUUGACAUGACAGGCAACGUUAUCUUUGAUACAACUUACCAAUUAGAUCGUUUUAUGGAAAUAUAUGGAAAGAGUGAUACUAAAAUCGUUAUUGACUCUAUUGAGACAUCUAUUACAGAAAAUAGAAAGCUCCCCUUAACCUUUGCGAUUAAACCAAAGCAAUUGACAACACCAUUUUAAGUUAAUAAACACGACAAGUCAGUUAUAAUCAAAGUAAAUCAUAACAGAUACACUCGAAUAUAAUAAAUCGCUUUAGCUUUUCUAUAAUAAAUGGAG